UCAUGAAUCUGCUCGUUGCCAUAGUUAUACACGUUUUAUUUCUGCUCUCCAUUUUCUACAUACACUUUCGAUCACCUAUCCUCCAAGGAUUACCGGACGGUGACGAACAUAAUGCACCCCCCGCCGAUAGAUUAGUAUUGUUCGUAUCAGAUGGGUUGCGAUUAGAAUCGUUCCUCAAAGACGACCUUGAACGUACUCCCUUUCUUCGGAAGAAGCUUCUAAAAGAGGGUGUAUUCGGAGUAUCCAACACUCGUGUUCCUACCGAAUCGCGUCCCGGUCAUGUCGCUCUGCUGGGAGGAGUUUACGAAGAUCCCAGUGCAGUAUUUAAGGGAUGGAAAGAGAAUCCGGUGGAAUUCGAUUCAGUACUUAAUCGCUCCAGCGUAAGCUACUGCUGGGGAAGUCCAGAUAUCGUCAACAUGUUUUCUCAAGGGGCAAUCAAGGGACGCGUCCAUACAGCGACCUACCACAGUGGACGCGAAAUUUUCUCUCAAACAGCAAACACUUCUCUGCUGGACAUAUGGGUGUUCGAUCGGGUUCAACAGUUUCUGGUCAGCGACGAAGCUCGAAAAGAGGUGUUAGGCCGGAAGAAGGUGAUAUUAUUUCUACACCUUCUCGGUAUGGACACUGCUGGACAUGUAUACAAACCUCAUUCGAAAUUAUUUGCGAGAAAUUUGAUGAUCGUGGACAGAGGCAUCGAAGCGAUCGUUCAACUCGUCGAACGGGCAACCGGAAAUGAUGGACGAACUGCGUUCAUUUUUACCUCAGACCACGGUAUGACUGAUCAAGGAUCGCACGGCUCGGGAGAUCCGCUGGAAACCGAAACACCUUUCCUAGCAUGGGGCGCUGGAUUUUCCCAUUGGAAAACAACUCACUCAUUACAGCAUGAACAACGGGAUGUUCUGGAACUGGAUGGCAACCAAAUUCCAAUGCACCAGAUUCAACAAGCCGACGCUGCUCCACUCAUGUCAGCAGUACUGGGUAUCAGUGUUCCGAAGAAUAGCAUCGGAAAGCUUCCCCGAUCUAUGCUAAAUGUUUCCGAGGAAUACGGGGCUUGGGCAAUGCGGAACAACGCAGACCAACUACUGCAGCAAUACUACCGUUGGCAAAAAGAGACGGAAGGGAAAAUGCUACAAUGGCUUACACUCCCUAAACAAAACAGUCUUAAACAUGAGAUCAAUCAUUUAAUGGUAAAAAAAGAGACUGCGACAACCAGAAAGGAUUAUGUCGAAGUGCAAAACUUAACUGACACGCUCAUGGAUGUAACCAUUGAAGCGAUUCGGUACUUCCAAAGCUAUUAUAAGCCCCAUCUGUUUCUCUCACUAACGUUGACAAUGAUGGGAUGGUUGUUGAUUCUUGCCAAAGAAACCUUUGUGGUAUCCACCAACGAUUCUUCAGCAGUCGAACGAACCAAAACGAGAACAAUAACAUGCGUGGCGCUUAGUUUUGCAUCUAUUGUACUGGUUUUUAACAUUGCACAAAAUACACCACUUCCGAUAAUAAUAUAUUUCCUGGUCCCAAUUGCGCUUUGGGGGUAUAUUGGAGCACAGUGGAGAGACUUUAAGACACUCUUCCAUUGGAAUGCUUUCGUAAACUAUUUUAAAUUUGUGUUCGCCGUUGAGGCAUUGGUGCUGGGUUUUCUGUACCGAAUGGCACUUGUACCACUCCUGUUGUUUCACUGCGUGUUGUUGGUGAAAUCGUUUUAUCCCCAAAACCACAUGGAAUGGCGUUGGAUUACCGUAAACGUAUUUCUCGCUGCAUUUCUCUUGAUUCCCGUAGGAAACACAUUCUUUGCCAACGUGUACUUUUUAUAUGCUUCAAUUGCUAUUUGGACCGUUGCAAAUAUUACGGUUUUAAUGAAAUCAUCAUCUCUGUUGCUGUUUAAAUUGUUUACGCUGUUGAUGCAUUUGCUCCAGUCAGCUAACUUUUUGUUCAUUCUAUACUGCAUUGAUAAAUCACAUGCUGUGCCGCAGUUCAGCAGAACGAUGUGUUGGGUGUUUUCCGCUUUUGGAGUACUGUCACCAUUUUUUUCUACUUCCAGUGUAACUGAACGGAUGUUAGCAAUUUUUAGUGGCCUGAGUGGUCCUUACAUGAUGCUUUCGCUUUCCUACGAACCCUUAUUUUUAUUCUGCUUUUGUUGUACUCUAUAUAAUUGGUUUUAUGUGGAGCAAAGCGAAGCCCAGCGUAGUAAGCAGAGAGAUUCAUCGACCGCAUCAGAUUCAAAGCCGUGUGGAGUCGAGGAUGUACGGCGUAUUUUAGCAUUUAUGAUAUUCCUUCUGACAUCAUUUUACGGGACGGGAAAUCUGGCAUCGAUUAGCUCCUUCGAUCCAAACUCGGUACGAUGCUUCGUAAGCACCUUCUCGCCGUUUACUAUGAUGGGCCUGAUCGUGUUUAAAUUGUUAAUACCGGCACUUAUGUUAGCUUGUGCGUUAAAAGCUAUCAAUGGGUUACAUUCGACACCGAAGGGAAGAACCUUCACGCUCAUCCUAAUUGUGUGCGAUGGCAUGUGUAUGAACUUUUUCUUUCUCGUGCGUAACGAAGGUUCCUGGUUGGAAAUUGGAACGUCCAUCUCGCACUUUGUUAUCCUCGAGUGUACGACGAUCGUAGUGGUUGGACUGUACGAGCUGGCGCGGUUCUACUUGAAAUGGACUUUCGGAAGGGGAAAACUUUGCUCGUAUCGAUCGAAACAGCCAUCUCAAGUAGCAUAAGCUUAUCGUUUUAGCAAGGAGACGGCACUAUCGUGCAACCAUACUUACUUUUCCAUUCUAGUUUUGCUCAUAUACUUCGGGGCAUACCCCCCAGAAGGCAUGCUAGAUUCCUACCCUCCCUUAUUCGAAAGGACUGAAUAUAUUCUGUACACAAAGUGUAAAGUCUAGUAACCGCUAUAUCAGGCAUGAUCAUCAAAGGCGUUUGUUAUGCCAGGGAUAAGAAGAAGAAAGAGGCACUUUUAUGUGUGCUAAAAGAAAUCUCAUUUCUCAGGAUUUUUGUACUACAAAAACUACCUCAGCUGCAAGUUUUAAAGCCAGCAAUAUAAUAAGUCAAUCAGUAACAAACAUUCACAAGAAAUAAAACCAUGCAGGGAUUUUUCAAGCAGUUCUAAAGUUUUUUGCGAAAAGUUUUUAUUUGUAGUAUUUUUAGGUUGAUCGUAACGGUUAUGAUUGUAUCCCUUUUUGUAACUGUGAGUUUUUUUGAUUAAUAUUGAAAAAUAAUCAACAUUCACAUUGGUUCAAAUAAAAAAUUUA